GCUGUUCCAAUCCAGUCUAGUGUGGUGUUAUGCUCCUGUUCAUCCCCAUCAAUGGUGAGGAGCCAAGCAGAUUCCAGCACUCCAUCUGUCAUUUCCACCUGUGGCAGCAGGCAGGGAUCUAACAUGGAGGGCACUGCAGCUGAAUCAAGAUCUAGUUCAAACUCCUUGCAGCAACAUACAGGACAGCAGCCUCCACAGCCUCGAAAGAAACGACCUGAUGACUUCAAAUUUGGGAAAAUUCUCGGCGAAGGAUCUUUUUCAACGGUUGUCUUGGCUCGAGAAUUGGCAAGUUCUAGAGAAUAUGCCAUUAAAAUUCUAGAAAAACGUCAUAUCAUAAAAGAAAACAAGGUGCCAUAUGUGACACGAGAGAGAGAUGUAAUGUCCCGCCUGGAUCACCCUUUUUUUGUGAAACUCUACUUCACCUUUCAGGAUGACGAAAAGCUAUAUUUUGGGCUUAGCUAUGCCAAAAAUGGAGAGCUGCUAAAGUAUAUACGCAAAAUUGGCUCAUUUGAUGAGACCUGUACCAGGUUUUAUACUGCUGAAAUUGUAUCAGCCCUGGAGUAUUUGCAUGGGAAAGGAAUAAUUCACAGGGACCUUAAGCCAGAGAACAUCUUGCUAAAUGAAGAUAUGCACAUUCAAAUAACAGACUUUGGAACAGCAAAAGUAUUAUCUGCAGAUAGCAGACAAG